AUGUCGAGAAGGUCUAAUCAAAUACAAAAUAAAUAAAGCGAAUGGCAGAAUGAUAAAUAAAGAAAAAAGAGAUUGAUCCUUGAUAGUCCAGAUACUAAAGAGACUGUGACGAUAUUACCAAAAUAAUAAAUACCAAGUUCGAAAACUUUGCCCAAGCACUUUAUCUCGGGGUAAAAGAGGAAAACUAGAUUAUAAUAAUAAACACAAGAGGAAUGUCCUAUUUGUUUGAUGAAUCUGGAUGAUGUAUAAAAGGUUUGUGAGGUGGAUAAAUGCAAUCAUUAGAUAUGUUUAACUUGUAUUAAGGAAUGGGCAGAGAAGUAUAAGACAUAAUGUCCCUGUUGCAGGGCAAAAUUCAAAUUCAUCUAUCCUAUUAAAGAUGGGAAAAGGGAAAACAAUCCACUAAAAUUAAAUUUAAAUUUGCCGAAAUGGAAUUAAGAGGAAGAUGAAUUUUACGAAUCUGAAGAUGACUAUGAGGAUGAGGAGAGAUGCCAAGUUUGCUUAGGUUCCCAUACUCCUUAUUUGAUGCUGAUAUGUGAUAAAUGUAAUGAUACAUUUUGCCACACUUUUUGUGAUCCAGCCUAAUUAGAAUUAACAGUUCCUAAUAGUAAAUGGUAUUGCUUGGAUUGUAGAAAGUCCAAAAAUAUUUACUACAAACAUAAGUGA